CAGCGGAUGAUCUCGGCAAAAGACAGAUUUUAUCCAUAAGGCCAAUUGCCUCCGUGUAAAUUGGAACGCAGUCGAGGGAAGGAGCGGAUAUUUUUCUUCUGUCCGAGAAGAACACGAAAGAUUUUUUUUCCGCUGGAGCUUUGCAAGCAAGAAGAAGAUCAGAGCUUGAAGAAACUCGAACCUCCAUUCACCAUCACCAUCUUCUUCCUCUCGUGCUGAACUGUAUUAUCUACUCAAAUGCUGCAACUCCAAUUGCCACCUCAUCACCCUCGCUUCCUCUCCCCCCAUCUCUUCCCGCUCUCUCCCCUCCACUCGACCGUCUCUCUCUCCCCUUCCGCCCUCCCUCGCCGCCGACCCGGGCCCAGACCCGGACCUGGCCCAUCAUGGCUCGCCCGAGCCUCCGAGCCCCCCGCCGCCGCCGCCGCCCCGCCGCCGUCGAAGAGCCGCCGGAGGGUCCCGUCGAGCUCCCUCCCUCGGCGCCUUCGAUAUUCGCGUCCACCGACGACCCCACUCCCCUCCAGGUGGCCACUAGCCUUCUUCUCACCGGAGCCAUCUCCGUCUUCCUCUUCCGCGCCGUUCGACGUCGCGCCAAGCGUGCCAAGGAGCUGAAAUUCAGGUCUUCAGGAGCAAAGAAGACGCUGAAAGACGAGGCCUUGGAUAGCUUGAAGGCAAUGGGGACGACCUCCAUUCCUGCUAAGGGGCCGCCUUCACCUGCACAGGCACUGCUAGGUGGAAUCGCGGCUGGUGUCAUUGCUCUCAUCCUAUACAAGUUCGCCACCACCGUCGAGGCAUCCCUCAACCGGCAGACGCUUUCUGAAAAUUUCUCCGUAAGGCAGAUAACAGUAACCGUAAGGACAAUUGUGAAUGGGAUAUGCUACCUUGCGACAUUUGUAUUUGGUAUCAACUCCAUCGGCCUAUUUCUGUAUUCGGGUCAACUUGCCAUAAACUCCUUCUCAGAAGAAUCUUCAAGCAGAGAAAUGAACAAAAGUGAUGGCCAAUUAUCGUCAGCAGAGAGUCUUACAGAUGCUCCUAAAACAAAUGACAGUGAAGGCAGUGAUAAAACAGAUAGCACACCAUGACAGAAGAUAAGUAUUGUUAUUUCUACUGGGACCUAUUUAAAUCGCUUUUUUUCCCCACUCUGCUACCUUUGUUUCUACCUUUGAAAUGCUAAUCUUCUAUUUAUAAAUGAUGUCAACGUUAUAUAUGUGGCUAAGGCACGCUUUUGGGUUAUUCGUAAUAGUUCUGCAUGUUAAUAGGUUAACCAGUUGAUGUAUAUACCACGGUUCAGGAGAUAAUCUGCAUACAUCCAGCUGUUAAGAAUUCUUUCAGUUGAACAUAGUUUUGGUGAUUUACUUUGUUUAGAAGAGCCAGCUGUUGGAUGAUGUCUAUUCUUUCGGUCGCGGACUCCCUUCAUACAUUCUCUCCAUGAAGUUUGAUAUCAUAGUUCAUGACACUUUACAAAAAUUCAUUUGACAGCUGUUUUUCAGAAUUUUGUGUAAUGACACGAAUUGCCUCUUUUUGCUCUUAAUAUACUUAAUUGUUCGUUCACGGGA